AUGCCAUUCGGCAUCGGCGAAAGAUUCAAAUCCGGUGGCGCAUCAAAAGAUGCUGCUGCCGCUGCCGGUUCCAAAAAACCACAAUACGAUGUCGACCUCGUCAGCCUUCUGACCGACCCUCAAAGACAGGAUUUAUUACACCUCAUUACUGCAGCUACGGAAGUAAUGCGAGCUUCGCUUUUACAUACCUUUGAUCCAGCUCCUCCAAAGAGCAAGACGAAGGAGCCUAGUUCUACUUCUUCUCCUUCGACUCCACCCGAUACUGGUACUGAGACUGGUACACCCGCCGCUACUACUACUCCUCCAUUGGCUAAGGAAGAAGAAGAAGAGAACAAUAGCAGUAGUCCAGCUCCAAAACCCUCAGUAUCGCCAAAUCCAUAUUCUAUUGAUCCAAAAGAAAAGACAUCAAUAUCCCGCCUUCGCCACGAAGCCAUAACUUCAUUCGAUCACUGGCAGCAAGACCUACUAACCAGGAUUUAUGAUAUUAUGAAUCCACCGGAUCUCGACUCCCGUGUUGGAACAGCAGCACAUAUGCAAGAUGUUGUUGGAAGUACUGCUGACGGACAACCCUCCACGUCAACCUCACAAUUACUCGAAGAAUUCAAGGGAGAAGAGCCGCAUGUUUUGGAUAAUAACAUAGAAAACACCCGUUUCCCAGCCAUUCCAACGGGAUUAACAACCUCCCUUCCCGACCCCGCAAAACCGUUAAUCCUCCAUUCAAUCCUACUAUUAAUCCUAAGCCUUGAAACCUAUGACGCCCGUUCUAGAACACUACUUAGAAUCUUAUCAACCUCUCUAUCCCUCCCUCCACUUACCGUCGUGAACCUCGAAAAAUCGAUAGCAAAAACCCUUGUUACAGCUGCAAAAUCCGGCCAAAACGGUGACAAUGGUGAUAUGUCAGCAGACUCUUCCCGUGAGCGUCAAAAGGCAAAUAACAAAUGGAAUCGACGACUCAAAAUAGGAAUAGCUGGUGUAGCUGGCGCAGCUGUGAUCGGAAUAACAGGUGGACUUGCGGCCCCAUUAGUCGCUGCGGGGAUCGGAACUGUUAUGUCGGGCAUUGGAUUGGGCGCUACAGCUGCAGCGGGAUAUUUGGGAGCAUUGGCUGGUAGUGGUGCGUUAGUUGGGGCAUUAUUUGGAGCUUAUGGUGGGAAAAUGACCGGGGAGAUGAUGAAGAGGUAUGCACAGGAAGUCGAGGAUUUUGGGUUCUUGAAAGUCAAGCCGGGGGUUCCUGAUCCCAUUGAGAAUCUAAGUGGGAGUAAACAUGAGAAUGGGAAGGAAGAGGAGGAAGAGCCAGGACCGCCAUUACCCCCUCGCCCUUCAUCAUCAUCAAUGUCACCACCUCUACCUCCUCGUCCUUCAUCAUCAUCACCAUCACACCCAGCUACCACAUUUGAUGAAAUUCAAGCCAACAACAACAAAAAUAACACCAUCCCGGAUCCUACUGCAGAAGACGCCUCUCGCCUCUCCCUCACAAUUGGUAUCUCUGGCUGGAUAACCGACCCAUCCCAUUUCAUAACUCCCUGGCGUUCCCUAUCCUCCCACACAGAAGUUUACGCACUCCGCUGGGAAUCCACAGCCCUAAUGGAUCUAGGAAACGCCCUAACAACCAUGUUAAAAACCUACGGUUUCGCGUACCUCAAAAUCGAAAUCAUUAAACGCACGGUCCUAGCAACUCUAAUGGCCGCGUUAUGGCCUAUCGCCCUUCUAAAACUCGCGCAGGUAGUAGACAACCCCUUCAACAUUGUAAAAACUCGUGCAGAAAAGGCAGGGAAAAUCCUAGCCGAUGCAUUGAUUAAUAGAGUUCAGGGGAAUAGACCGGUUACUCUUGUUGGAUAUAGUCUGGGAUCUCGAGUUAUUUAUUCAACACUCGUAGAGUUGGCGGAAAGAAGGGCGUUUGGGCUUGUGGAGAAUGUGUAUAUGCUUGGAUCUGCGAUUCCUAGUACUGGUGAUGGGUGGGUUAAGGUUAGGAGUGUGGUUAGUGGGAGGGUUGUGAAUGUUUUUAGUGGGAAGGAUUAUAUUUUGGGGUUUUUGUAUAGGACGUCGGCGGUGCAGUUGGGGGUUGCGGGUUUGCAGAAUGUGAAGUGGCCGGAUGGAGUGGAGAGUGUGGAUAUGAGUGAGAGUGUGGAGGGUCAUUUGAGGUAUAGGUUCUUGGUUGGCGAUAUUGUGGGUCAUAUUGGAGGUAGUGAGCUGGUGGAUUGGAAGAUUGUGGAGGAGGAGAAGAUUAAGGCGGAGGAAUUGAAGAAGCAGGAGGAAAAGAUGGAGAAGGAGGUUAGAGAAAAGGAAGGACAUGGGGAGAAGGAAUUGGAAGAGGCAGCAGAGAGGAUUGAAAAGGAAAAGAAGGGGGAUUGGAAGCCAAACAGCUCUCUGGCCACCCCCGUCAGAUAUGCGUAA